AUGCGGCGGAGGCUGCGCCUACGCGGGGACGCGCUGCUCACGCUGGUCCUGGGCGCCGCCCUCAGCCUCCUGCUCUACGCGCAGCGCGAGGGCCCAGCUCCCACCGCCCGGGCGCCGCGGGCGCAGGGGCGGGCAGCGCGGGGGCCCCCCGCCCGGCUCCGGGUGUUCCAGGCGCCGGACGCGGGCGCGGCCCUGCCGGCCUACGAGGAGGACACGCCGGAGCCGCCCACGCCCACGGGGCCCUUUGACUUUCGCGGGUACCUGCGUGCCAAGGACCAGCGCCGCUUCCCCCUGCUCAUCAACCAGCCGCACAAGUGCCGGGGUGACGGCGCGCCGGGCGCGGGACCCGACCUGCUCAUCGCCGUCAAGUCGGUGGCGGCCGACUUCGAGCGGCGGCAGGCCGUGCGCCAGACGUGGGGGGCCGAGGGGCGCGUGCGCGGGGCGCUGGUGCGCCGCGUGUUCCUGCUGGGCGUGCCCCAGGGCGCGGGCUCUGACCCCGCCGGAGCCGAGGGGGCCGGCUCCCCAGCGCGCUGGCGCGCCCUGCUGCGCGCGGAGAGCCGCACCUACACGGACAUCCUGCUCUGGGCCUUCGACGACACGUUCUUCAACCUGACGCUCAAGGAGAUCCACUUCCUGGCCUGGGCCUCGGCCUACUGCCCCAACGUGCGCUUCGUUUUUAAGGGCGACGCCGACGUGUUCAUGCACGUGGGGAACCUGCUGGAGUUCCUGGCGGCGCGGGACCCGGCGCAGGACCUUCUGGUGGGCGAUGUGAUCGUGCAGGCGCGGCCCAUCCGGGCGCGAGCCAGCAAGUACUACAUCCCGGAGGCUGUGUACGGCCUGCCCGCCUACCCGGCCUACGCGGGCGGCGGCGGCUUCGUGCUUUCGGGGGCCACGCUGCGCCGCCUGGCGGGCGCCUGCGCCCAGGUGGAGCUCUUCCCUAUAGACGAUGUCUUCCUGGGGAUGUGUCUGCAGCGCCUCCGGCUCGCACCGGAGCCUCAUCCUGCUUUCCGCACCUUUGGCAUACCCCAACCUUCUGCCGCGCCACACCUGCGCACCUUUGACCCCCGCUUUUACCGGGAGCUGGUUGUAGUGCAUGGACUCUCGGCCGCUGACAUCUGGCUCAUGUGGCACCUACUGCAUGGAUCGCCUGGGCCGGCCUGUGCACACCAGCAGCCUGUGGCCGCUGGCCCCUUCCAGUGGGGCCCAUAG